AUGUUGAAAUUUACCCGUCAAAGUGCUCCUUUGAGGGUUUUACGUGCGAGGAACCUCACCUCAUCGCUCAGAUAUUUCUCGUCUUCUUCAAUUGUCAACGAUGCAGUGGUAGUAUCAGGAACAAAACUCGCCAAGAGCAUCAGACAGAAGAUUGGGGAGCGUGUUGUUCAGUACAAUGCCAAAAUUUUCCCCGAGGACGCUGCUUCGAACAAACUUCGUUUCAGACCAAGUUUGACCAUCAUACAGGUCGGACACCGUCCCGAUUCCUCAGCAUACGUUCGUUCCAAGUUGAAGGCAGCAAGUUCUGCAAACAUUGAUUCCAACUUGAUUCACUUGGAAGCGGAUAUUUCUGAAGAUGCCUUGCUUGAUGUCAUAGACGGUUUGAAUAAAGAUCCCAAUGUCAAUGGUCUUUUGAUCCAGCUUCCAUUGCCCAAACACUUGAAUGAGACUCUCAUCACCAACUCUGUUGCCACAGAAAAGGAUGUCGAUGGGUUUGAUCGUUACAAUGUUGGUGAAUUGUCGAAGAAGGGAGGUAAUCCCAUCUUUAAACCAUGCACUCCAAGUGGUAUAAUUGAGCUCAUCAAAGAGACUGGUAUCAGCCUUAGAGGAAAGAAUGCCGUUGUCAUUGGAAGAUCAGAUAUCGUUGGUACCCCCGUCGCUGCUAUGUUGAGAAAUGAGGAUUGUACAGUCACAGUUUGUCAUCGUUACACUAAAGACUUGCCCGGCGUAGUAGGUCAAGCCGACAUUAUUGUUGCCGCAGUUGGUAUUGCCGAGUACGUGAAAGCAGACUGGAUCAAGGAAAAUGCCGUGGUUAUCGAUGUCGGCAUCAACUACAAGGAUGAUCCCACCGCUAAAAAUGGAAAGAAACUUGUUGGUGAUGUUGACUACAACGAAGUAGCAAAGAAGGCAGGAUAUGUAACUCCAGUUCCCGGUGGUGUUGGUCCCAUGACAGUUGCAAUGUUGUGUUCGAAUGUAUACGAUGCUGCUGUAUUGCAAUCACAAAAGGCUCAUGAACAUCGUUUUAAACCGCUUCCUUUACAAUUGAAGACACCAGUUCCCUCCGAUAUUGAAAUAUCGAGAUCCCAGAAACCCAAAAAGGUAACCACUAUUGCAACAGAAUUGGGUCUCUUGGAGAAAGAAUUGGAACCAUACGGCCAUUAUAAGGCCAAGGUCGAUGCUCGGUUGGUGCUUGAUAGAUUGAGCUCUCAAGCUGAAGGCUCCAACUUUGAGAACGGUAGCUACAUCUUGGUCGCUGGUAUUACACCCACUCCUCUUGGAGAGGGAAAGAGUACCACUACUAUGGGAUUGACUCAGGCGCUUGGUGCUCAUUUGGGUUACAAUUCGAUCGCCAAUGUGAGACAACCUAGUAUGGGACCUACUUUUGGUGUUAAAGGUGGUGCUGCUGGUGGUGGAUACUCGCAAGUAAUUCCCAUGGAUGAGUUUAACAUGCACUUGACAGGUGAUAUCCACGCAAUUUCUGCAGCUCAAAAUCUUUUGUGUGCCGCUGUGGACACUCGUAUGUUCCAUGAGAGCACUUCCAAGACCUCCAAGGGUUUUUUCAAAAGACUUGUGCCUGUGAAGAAAGGUGUGCGUCAAUUCACCGUUUCCAAUUUGGCUCGUUUGGAAAAGUUAAACAUUAACAAAACGAACCCCGACGAGUUGACCGAUGAGGAGAUCGAGCGUUUUGCCAUACUCAACAUCGAUCCCGAUUCCAUCACCAUUAAGAGAGUGGUCGAUUGUAACGACCGUUUCGUUCGUGAGAUCACCAUUGGUGAGGGAAAGAACGAGGCCUCCAAAUACCCUCCACGUAAGACCGGUAUGGAUAUCACUGUUGCUUCCGAAUUGAUGGCCAUCUUGGCUCUUUCUACCUCACUCAAAGACUUGAGACAAAGAGUAGGUCGUGUUGUGGUCGGUACCCAAAAGGAAACCGGUGAAGCAAUCACGGCUGAAGAUAUCGGAUGUGCCGGUGCUAUUACUGCGUUGUUGAAGGACGCCGUGAAACCUAACUUGAUGCAGACCAUUGAGGGAACCCCUGUAUUCGUCCAUGCUGGUCCGUUCGCUAACAUCUCGAUUGGUGCUUCGUCGGUGAUUGCAGACAAACUUGCGCUCAAAUUGACCUCACCUUCCAACCCCAUCAAUGCCGGAAGAAAAGGAUUUGUCGUUACCGAAGCAGGAUUCGACUUUACAAUGGGUGGAGAAAGAUUCUUCAACAUCAAGUGCAGAAGCAGUGGAUUGAAACCCGACGCCGUGGUUCUUGUUGCUACUUCAAGGGCAUUGAAAUUGCAUGGAGGAGCUCCAGAUGUCAAACCUGGCCAGGCUCUUCCCGUCGAAUACACCACUGAAAACAUCGACUACUUGCGCAAAGGAUGCUCCAACUUGGCCAAACAAAUCGCUAAUGUUAAGCAGUACGAUGUUCCUGUCGUCGUUGCUAUCAACCAGUUUGAGACCGAUACCGCUGCUGAAAUUCAAGCAAUCCAGGACGAGGCUUUGAAGGCAGGCGCCGACUUUGCUGUUCCCACAGACCACUGGGCUCAAGGUGGACUUGGUGCUUUGAAUUUGGCAUCUGCUGUGGUUGAAGCAUCUUCCCGCUCAGCUAAAAAAGACACAACUUUCUUGUACGAUGUCAACAGUUCCGUCGAGGAAAAGCUUUCUACCAUUGCACAGAAAAUGUACGGAGCCUCUGGCAUUGAAUUGUCCCCAUUGGCCAGAAAACAGAUUGACACAUACAUACAGCAAGGGUACGAUAAGCUUCCAAUUUGCAUUGCUAAGACCCAAUACUCUUUAUCCCACGAUCCCCUGCUCAAAGGUGUGCCUACGGGUUUCGUGGUGCCCAUCAGAGAAGUCAGAUGCUCUGCUGGUGCCGGCUACUUGUACGCUUUAGCUGCCGAGAUAAUGACGAUUCCUGGGUUGCCCACCCACGCUGGAUUUAUGAACGUGGAGGUAGACGAGGACGGAGAUAUCGAGGGAUUGUUCUGA